UGAGCAGUCUAUCGUAAAUAAUAAGUCUACGGCGCAACAUAAUAUGCGUCUGUGGCUAAGUAACAUAACCAACCAAAGUGUCAAAUAAUAAACAAUACAAUAAUUUGUAGACUUAAAGUUACUCAAUGUAUUCCAAAAUAAAGACAAUUUCAUUUCAUAUUAUCUGCAAUCACUGUGACAAUCAAAAUAUCGAAAAAUCGAAUAAUUUAAUAGUAUUAUCAAAUUUGUAAAAAAAAAAAAAAAAAAAAAUAAAAACUAAACUAAAAUUAAUAAGGUGAUGGGGCGGACAAAUUAAAUGAAAACAUUGAUUAUUGUGAGGGUAAGGGGCAUAAUCUCACAACUGGUCGUUUAUAUAGACCCGAUUUAGUUUUCACCUCCACCACCCGAACAAUACCAUCUAUGCCAGGGAAUAAUUUUUCGACUCUACCGACUGGCCAACGAAGAACGGCCCCAAUAAAGUUAGUACCAUUAUCGGAGUACACCACUGAACAUGCGCCCCUUCUGGAUAAAAAGCGUUUGAAGGCAGCCAAAAAUAGAUCGGUUGAUAAAUCCGACACGAGUUCUAAAUGGAGAGCUUUAGUACAUAAGCAUAUGAAUAAACAUAAGUAUGCCUUUUGGCUCUUUACUCCACGAUUUCGACUCAUAGUAAUGAAGAAUGGCCCUGCAAAAUCAACCCCAACAUGUAAAAAGGAUUUUGAAGUUUCUGAAAAUCUAACUGAAGUUAUGCCUAAUUGUAUUACGGGCGCCCAGUAUCCAAUAUUUUUGGCGUAG